CUCACACAUCACGUCGCAGCCCAUGCCCACCACGCUCGACACGUCGCGCCGCGAGCGCACCAUCAACCUCGGCGCCGGGCCCUCGUCGCUGCCCACGCCCGUGCUGCUCGAGGCGGCGCAGGGCAUCGUCGACUUUGGCGGCAGCGGCAUGGGCCUCACGGAGCUGAGCCACCGCAGCGCCACGUUCCAGCGCGUGCUCAGCGCCGCCGAGGCCGACCUGCGCAGCCUGCUCGCCGUGCCCGACGACUACGCCGUGCUCUUCAUGCAGGGCGGCGGCACCGAGCAGUUCAGCGCCACGGCGCUCAACCUGCUCGCCGCGCACGCCGUCGCGCACCCGGACUACGUGGCGCAGCACCCGGCCGGCCCGCCGUGCGACUACGCCGUCAGCGGCAGCUGGACGGCCAAGGCCAUGAGCGAGGCCAAGCGCCUCGGCGCCAACGCACGCGCCGUCUUCGAUGCGCGCAAGCUGCCUGGCGCCGACGGGCGCUUCGGCGCCAUCCCGCCCGUCGCCGAGUGGCAGCUCUCGGCCGCCGAGGAGAAGCCGGCGAUGCUGUACUACUGCGACAACGAGACGGUCGACGGCGUCGAGUACGCGUCGCCCGGCUUUCCCAUCGCCGAGCUGCCGCAGGCGUACCGCGAGAGCGUGCCGCUGGUUGCCGACUGCAGCUCGAACAUCCUCUCGCGGCCCAUCGACGUCGCCGCGCACGCCAUCGUCUUCUUCGGCGCGCAGAAGAACGUCGGGCCGGCCGGCGUGACGGUGGUCAUCGUGCGGCGCUCGCUGAUCGCCGAGCACCCGGACAAGGGCGUGGCGCACGGCGGCCCGCGCAUCCCCACGACGCUCGUGUACAAGCAGCACGCCGACAACGGCUCGCUGUACAACACGCCGCCCAUGUUUGCCAUCUACGCCUCGGGCCUCGUCUUUGCCGACCUGCUGCGCAACCGCGGCGGCGUCACGGGCGCCGCGUCGCGCGCAGACAUGAAGAGCGGCGCGGUGUACGACGUGAUUGCGUCGAGCAACGGCCUCUUCCAGCCGACGGUGCGCCAGGCAGACGUGCGCAGCCGCAUGAACAUCUGCUUCCGCGUGUGCGGCGCCGACGGCGCGCCGAGCGAGGCGCGCGAGACGGCCUUCGUGGCGCGGUGUAAGGAGGCCGGCAUCGAGCAGGUCAAGGGGCAUCGCAGCGUCGGCGGCAUCCGCACCAGCCUCUACAACGCCGUCACGCCCGAGCAGACGCUCGUGCUCGUCGACGUCAUGAAGGCCUUCGUCAAGGAGAUGCAGGAGCAGAAGUAGAGCGCAAACGCAAUAGCAUAGAUGCAAGGCA